UUUUCACGAUUUCUUACUUGCAAACGAUCAUGCUGUAGAGUAAACAGCAAGAUUUGCAGUGGCACUUCGAACAUAAUAUCUAUCGCGCAGGUCGACUGCAUGAACAUACGCACAUUCUCAACACGAUAAAUAAUCGUGUAGACCAAUUCAACUAUCAACAAUAUUGCAUGUAAACUGAAAAACAGACGAAACAAUCUGUCACUCAUAAUCUAAGAUUUCGUCGCGUUCCGAGCCAUCGGCCAACAACAAACAAACUUCAAAUCCAAUUUGAGGAACGCAAUAAUUUUCUCCAAUGUCAUUCCCUUCAUGUUGUUCGAACUUGUUUCUCUCGCAGCGAGUAAUCGCCCGUUGAAUUUUCAUAAACCAGAAGUAUCCCGAUACUUCGUUCGUACAGCUCUCGCAAUUCCGCGGAGAACUUUUCUUGCAAUAAACGAAGAAAACUCGAGAGACCGGGAAUUUAUUUCAUUCUUAAUAUUCUUCCUCGCAUUUACCGACGAUGUUAGAGAUAUCUCGUGUAUUACGCGGCGUUUAGAAAUGGUUAUUAUUCAUCCUAUCAUUUUCCUAUCUUUCCAGCGUACGAGCAUACAGAUUAAUAAAUUAUAACAUCGGCAAUAAUUACGCGAACGUGAAACGCGUUCUAUAGCGACUCCUUUCCAUUUUUCCUUCUAUCUUUUCUGGAAUUAUCGUUGCAGUUGCACCUCGGAACGAUAACAGAGAAACCUGAGAGCGGCCACUAGACUGGUUAUAUCGGGACGCUUUUUCCGACGCACUUCCUGAGAAAAUGUGUGCACAUUACAUCCGUCCUGAGGGUAACUGCAAAUCGUGCACGGUUCUUUUUCACUCUACUUCCUUAAGAAAGAUAAAGACGUCCUGGGACCAGGUGGGGACAUUGUUAUAUCCAUGGGACGUCCUGAAGAUGUCCAAAGGACGUCCCAUUCAGGACACUUUUGGGACAUUCUCAGGACAUACUCAAGAAAACACGAGGACGUCCUCGGGACAGCCACAGGACGAAUAUUCAGGAGAGUACAAAGAUGUUCACUGUGAGGUCAUAUUUAGGAGAGAACGAUGAUGUUUUCGGAACGCUUUCAGGAUAUCUUCAAGACAAAUUCAGGGCAACGCAAAGACAUUGUCGAGAGAGCUAUAGGACGUCUAGUAUAGUCGUACUUGUGUACGUGUGUGUGCGUGUACAGAAAUUUCAUCAACUCCAAUUAUAAAUGAGCUGUAUAUAUAUUUCUCUGGUAUAUAUACAUUUGUUAUAAAUAAUAUUAACUUACUAACUGAACAUAAAUCUUUGCAAUAUAAUCUUUGUAAUACAAUAAACUAUAAAUAAAUAAACUUAUACUUGUUCUAUCACACAAAAAUAGUGUGUAAUAAAAUAAUUUUCAAGCUCCUUGGAGCUUAAAUCAAACGUAAAAAUAAUUUUAUGGAGGAUUCACACUGCAUUUGACGUUCGACGUAUCGACGAUUCGAUAUCUAAUAGGAGAACAGCUUAACCUCUUCUGUGGCUAUACUAAAGUCUUUUUUUGGAAGAAAAAAACGGACUGAAUUAAUUCACACACCUAAUAUGUACAAACUUUCAUUUAUUAACGAAUUAUCUCGUUCUAAUAAUAAUUAAGAAAAGCGUUUGAGUCACGUCAGCUCGCGGCGACGGCUCGUGACUCUCUCUCAACUGUUGUUGUUUUCUUCUUAUCGAUUUUUCGUCAUCCAGACAAUCUUCCUUCAGUUGUCAAAAUCAACAUCAGAUGCCUAAGGUUCGCGGACAACGAACGUUGCCACAAAUCUUGUGGCUCGGAUACAACAAUAUAUUUCGGCCUUUUACGAAUGUAUUCUGGAUAUCACUAAAUCCCUUAUAGUAUAUCUAUUGGACGUACCUAGGAUCAAAUUUUGGUAUGUGGGUUGGGACUGAAAAAAUCUCGAUCGGUUCAACUAUUGUUAAGAUAUGAAUAUCUCACCUCGUUUCAACUCGCAGU